UGAAGUAAGUGCAAAUCUAAAUUUUCUUAUCAUUCUAAAAGAAAAUAAUUAGCAAUUGAAAAGAGCCACUUUUGGUCAAUAGCUGUGGUUUUGUAAUAUCCGCAGAUAAUUUGAAGAGAGAAAAGAUAACACGAACAAUCAUUCGUAAUUGGAUGACACUUCAAGCAGUGCAAUUUUCUAAACGUCUAUUCAAAACUCCGAGGAAUCAGAACCUAUAAACAACAUAAAACGAAACUAAAAGAAAAAAAGCAUCAAAAUGGUUAUACCAAGCACAUCGCAUAAGGAAGAGGUGAUGAAAUUGAUUGCAAAAAAAGAGCAAAUCGAACGAUCCAUCAACGAUUGUGGUCAAAUUCUUUUGGCCAAUAAAAAUGUUGGCAUGACCGAAUCAUUAUUGGAUUCCGAAGGUUUUCCUCGUGACGAUAUCGAUGUUUAUGCCGUUCGUCAAGCGCGACACCAAAUAAUUUGCUUGCAAAACGAUUUGAAAUCCACCAUGAAAGAGAUCGAAGAUGGACUCGUCAACGUACACACAGAGGCAAGAACAAAUCAUGCAACAACAACAAAAAUGGCAAACAUGGAAAUAUCGCCUGAUAUAACACCAGAAGGGCCAUCGCGUCGCAUCGAAAAUACAUGUGAAACGCCAAUACUGGUGGUUACAUCGGUGAUGCCACUAUCGCCAGCUGAAAAAUGUGGCAUUCGCAAAGACGACGAAAUUUUGGAAUUUGGCUCGAUAAACCAUAAUAAUUUCAAAGAAUUGAAACAAAUCAGUGAACUUGUUAUGCAUCGCCAAAAUCAGCAAAUUGCUCUGAAAAUAAAGCGACAAGGUCGUAAUCAUGACAUUACCUUGGUACCAGAAGUAUGGUCAGGAAAAGGAUUUCUCGGCUGCAACAUUAUUAUUCCGAAUUCCACACGAUAAACCGAAAUAUUUAUCGAUUGAAUCUUUAAAAGAUAAAAGCCGAGCACCUUCGCUUAUUUCACGAUCGAAUAAUGCUAGUUAUUUAUUCAUAUAAAUAUUUUUAAGAAUAUGACGUUACUUACACAAAAACCUUUUGUUACUAUA